UGGCAUCGCAACGGUGACCGCGAAGUUGUCGGUAGAAUUGGAGAACAUAUUAAACGUCGCUGAAACAUUACGGAUAAAUUUUGGGAGUAUGGCAUUCGUCGAAGCCCCCUUUCAAUCAAAAACCAUGGAUUCGAUGGUGCCGGAUUGGCUUUCAGCCGAACAUAGCACCGGCACAUCCAUCAUGGCUUGUGAAUUCGAAGGCGGUGUAGUAAUUGGUGCUGAUUCACGAACCACUACAGGCGCCUAUAUCGCCAAUCGAGUCACUGACAAGCUCACCAAAGUGACGGAUCAUAUUUAUUGCUGUCGUUCAGGCUCUGCUGCAGACACCCAAGCAAUCUCAGACAUAGUUUCGUACCACCUGGCUUUCCAUCAAAUGGAACUUGGUGAACCGCCUUUAGUCGAGACUUCCGCAAAUGUAUUUCGUGAGUUGUGCUACAACUAUCGAGACUCCCUUAUGGCAGGCAUUUUGGUAGCUGGCUGGGAUCGUCGUAAGGGUGGUCAAGUUUACAGCAUUCCUUUGGGAGGCAUGUGCGUGCGACAACCAAUUGCUAUUGGUGGCUCUGGUUCAAGCUACGUUUAUGGUUAUGUAGAUGCUCAUUAUAAGCCCAACAUGACCAAGGAUCAGACAAUAGAGUUGGUCAGCAACACACUGGCAUUGGCUAUGUCACGUGACGGUAGCAGUGGUGGAGUUGUAAGACUUGGCGUUAUAACUAAAGAAGGCAUUGAAAGACGAGUCAUCCUCGGUGAUAAGCUGCCUCAAUUCUACGAGGGAUAAAUUACUUCUACAACCAUUUGUUCCAUUACAUGUCUUAAAGUGCCCUGGGUACUAUUUUUAGCUGGUCAGCUGUAAUCUGUUUAACUGGUUUUCCUUCAAUUUUGGUAAAUAAAGGCCGCAAACGAAA